GUAGGAGACAGCAAUUAUGAUUUGAUUUCCCUAAUCUAAUGAUCAACCGACAUCAUUAAUCCCACCACUACAGCAUCUUCCAAACUCAUUGGAGCAAACUCACGAAAUAAAGCAAGAGCAAAAGCAGGGAAAGAACCUCACUUUUUCUCAGGUAGAUUUUGUCCCGCAGAGGGACAACCUUUUUUCCCACUCGGGUUACUUAACAGUGGAUUGUACUCCAAGAUCAGUGACAUUUGCUCUGGCAGAUAUAUUGGGGAACGGCCCCAAUCUCACUUUCCCUGCAUCUGCAGACUAAUAAUCGGAGUAAUGGGGGUGACUGAGGCUGUAAAAGAGCUGCCUUUUGUUCUUCUGGAUUGGAUGAAGUGAGGGAUUUCUUUGAGGUUUCAGUUAUGGGCAAUGUCAGUGGGAGAAGAGAUGAAGAAGGAACCUCUGGAGAGUACGGGGCUGAAGAGAGAUCUGAGCAGAGAGCUAUGGAGUUUGCACAAAGUGGAAGCAGCCAUCGUCAUGAGCCUUUGGUCCAGUCUUCUCCUCUUGGCCCUUGGGAGUUCCGGUCGAAUCUCUUUCAUGCCCCGAUGAGGACAGACGCUGAGUUUGUGCAUUCCGAGAAGAGAGUGCCAGUGAUGAUAACAUGGAGUCACGGUGGCGAGAAAGUAGCCAUCUCGGGAUCAUGGAACAACUGGGAAUUAAUAGAACUGAUGGAGAGGUCCGGCAAAGAUUUCGUCAUCAUGAAGGUGCUCCCUUCGGGUAUUUACCACUUCCGCUUCAUUGUGGAUGGACAUCUGAGAUAUGAUCCGGACUUGCCCUGUGAUUUUGAUGACCCCGGCGGUGUUUAUAACAUCAUGGAUGUAAAGGAGUAUGCUGCAGAAACCCAAGAGAGCAUCGCCGACUUUGAACUCCCUCCUUCCCCUGAUGCAACCUACAGCAACAAUUUGCUCACAGACACCGAUUUUAGCAGGCCCCCGCCCGAUCUACCCCCACAGCUGCAAAGAACGCCAUUGAAUGAGACAGCCUUCGGAGAAAGCUACCAUCAGUCGCUGUCCCGAACUCAACUGCCCGUGCUGAACCAUCUGUAUGUAAAGAAGUGGGACCUUGGUGAGCCCAUAGCACUCGGUUCUACUAACUGGUUUCUCGAGAAGCACGUGACUGUCAUUCUUUACAAGCCUUCAUGGAGACACAGGUGAAAAAGCAAAUUUUAGGUCUACAGCUGCUGCCGGUGUGUCGGCAGAUGUUUUGCUGUACAUAUGGAAAGCCGGAAAUUCUUUUUGCUGAACUUCGAACUCCACAGACAAUUUUUCUUGAGAUUAUGGUACAGAGCUUUUCAUUCAUUACUCUCUA